AUGGGGGCAUGGGGAUUUGGAGGGGUCUGGAAUGGGGAUUUGGAGGAGUCCUAUCUCUCCUUUCCACACAUGAAUUGGGGAGGACAAGGAAGAUCCCUCCAGCCGUCNGACAGGAGCCCCCCAGAGAAGGAGCCACUGCACCCUGCCCUGCAGGACCCCCCCUCACUGCUGCAGCCCCCCAGUACACCUCCCUGCCGAGCCAGGCUGCCCCACUGCUUGCACCCCCCCAGGGCCCGCCUUUCCUCUGCCAGUGACCCUGAGGAUGCUCCAGCCACCUCUGGGGAGGGGGGCACAGGAGGCCUCCCCCUGCCCCUGCCCCUGCCCAAGGGGGGCAGCCGCGUGUCCAGCGAGGAGAGCGAGGAGGAGGGGGCUGAGGAGCCCCCCCGGGCCCCCCUGCGCCCACCCCGGCCUCAGGCGGUGAGUGAGGGGACCCCAGAGCGGGGCAGGGACCCCCAAAGCCACCAGCAACCCAUCCAUGCACGACCCCAGAGUGAGAUGAGACCCCCAACUCCACCAGUGACCCAUCCAUGUGAGAUCCCAGAGCAGGACCCGGACCCCCGGCUCCACCAGCGAUCCAUGUCAGACCCCAGAGCAGGACAGGGACCCCCAAAUCCACCAGCAACCCAUCCAUGUGAGACCCUAGAGUGGGGCAGGGACCCCCAAAGCCACCUGCAACCCAUCCAUGUGAGACCCCAGAGUGAGAUGAGACCCCCAACUCCACCAGUGACCCAUCCAUGUGAGAUCCCAGAGCAGGACAGGGACCCCCAAAUCCACCAGCAACCGAUCCAUGUGGGACCCCAGAGCAGGGCAGGGACCCCAGAGUGGUGCAGGAACCCCCAGCUCCACCAGUGACCCAUCCAUGUGAGACCCCAGAGUGGGACAGGGACCCCCAACUCCACCAGCAGCCCACCCAUUUCAGACCCCAGAGCAGGGCAGGGACCCCCAGCUCCACCAGUGAUCCAUGUCAGACUCCAGAGUGGGGCAGGGACUCCCAGCUGCACCAGUGACCCAUCCAUGUGAGACCCCAGAGUGGGGUGAGACCCCAGAGCUGGACAGGGACCCCCAAAUCCACCAGUGACCCAUCCAUGUGAG